AUGUCCACCCCAAGCGAUCUUCAGGCUCUCUUCGCGAGCAUGAAGCCGCGUCCUAUGCAAUCUCAAGAUGCCCAGGCCGCAGCUUAUCCUUCAUCGGAAUUUCGGGCAGCUAACCCACAACUUGAUGGUCAGAGGUUUGGUCUGCAGUCGCAUGCAUACCCUUUCCCUCAUGGCUAUCAACACCCAUCUGUUUCCUCGCCGAUCUACAGCCCUGGUCCCGUCAAUACACCUCCACACCAUGGCUCAGACAUUCUCAGUCCCAACGUGCCAACACCACGCGGCGACCAGCAACGAACAGCUAGCGCCGAUCAGGCUAUGAGUCUGCUCAAUCUUUUGAAGUUUAGCCAAAAAAAACCAAGCUCGCCACAACCGUCAGCUGCUGUUGGUUCAUCGCCCUCUCUUUCUGCUACUCAUCAAGAGGAAACUCAUCAUUCACGCACUAUCUCGGCUUCAGAUCUUGUCGCUUCUUUCAUGGCCAAACCUGGCCCCGCCUCUACUCAGUCUCCCGCUCUAGGUCCGUCUGCGCCUACUGCUAGUCGCGCCCCCGAAAGCUCCACUACAAACGCAGAAACCCAAGAUAUGCUCAUGCGGCUCUUGAAUCGCUCUCAGAUCAAAUCCGAAGAGGCCAGUCGUGCCCAGAGCAGUGACCAGGCUAUAGCCGCCCCUGAACAACAAUCUAUGCAUGUCUUUGGCUCUGCCGACAAGGAAGCUACGAACUUUGAGGCCCCAAAGUCGAAUCAACCCAAGGGUAGUAUAUUCACAUACGUCAACCCCUUUGAACAGUUGGCGGCCGCCUCACCUCGUCGAACCCCGCAACCCAAGUCCCGUAGCUGCACUCCUACAACCGAGACAUCCGCUCAUCGCCAGAAAGAUUCCAUUACCAUCUCGGACGAGCAUGUCAAAUCGUUGGAAAAGACGACUAUUGUUGCUGACGAGAAGUUGGCUGACCAAAAGGAGACAGUCUCGAAGGCGGUUGACCAACUCGCCGCACAGUUAGACCGAGAGGUGGAGGAUGCCUUGAGCCGAGCCAACCUCGGGGAGGCUCCCAGACCCAAGGUAGAGGACGAAACUGUCGAGGAAGUUGCGGAUGCUGUUGUCCAAGAACUCCCAAAUACCGCAGCCGAAUUGAAGAAAGAGAUUGAAAAGCAAGAACAGGCCGGUAAACUAGACGAAUCUAUUCAAGCAGAACAUGUCGACACUGUUAAGGAAGUGGUGGACGAAGCUGCUCAAGCCAAACUUUUGAAAAAUCUAGGUACAGAGGAGAAGUUGGCAGACAGCUGGGAAAGUGCUGAAGAUGGUGUUGACAAGAGCGAAGAGCGUAUUGUGCGCGUUUUCAACUUCCCUCUCCGACCAUUCAUCUCGAUCAGCCUCAAACCAGAUACUGGCAAGCUUCCUGCCGUCCGUGAUGAUGGUAUCAUGGAUGUUGCGCGUCUGAAGAAAGAAUUUGAUCAGCUCGACCGCUGCUUGACAUCGGCAACUGCUCAGUAUAUUGUUUAUGCUCUAGCAAAGAAUGGUGGACUGCGAAUUAUUCGCCAAGACGAUGGACGCGACAAGCAAGUCUUCCGCUUUGCUCGUGACCGUCUUUUCAACGUUGCAUUGAGCAACGCUGCCUCAACCAAUACCAAUGCCGCCAAAGACCAAGCUAUCAUUGCGAUUGGCGUUAGUGGGACUGUGUACUGGGCUCCAGUCUUUCAAGGAGAUAAUGACUUGUUUGAGUUGGACACUUUGGAAAGUGAAUGCCUCAUUUUCCCUCCGUACCCAGCCUCUGACGAGAAUACAUCUGGUGGCCAGCUGAAAACGCGCGCCAAACCCAGCUCUCGUCAUCCGGAAUUCUUCGGCAUCGGUCGCGGAAAAAACAUCUACAUUGUUUCUCCUCAAUAUGCCGCCCAUCCCAGUUACGGAGUGUCUGGCUCGCAACGUAUUGUUGAUACUGAAAAGUUCUUCAAGGAACGCGCGAUGAAGAUCUCCACGGGCAAGGCAGGCAAAGAUUUCACUUUCAGUGGGGACGACACCGUCGUCGCUUCUCUCGACAAGACUGGUCGGUUGCGGUUUUGGGAUAUCCAAGAAGUUGGCCAGACCAUGGACGGCUCACAGCCCCCUGAAGUGCGUGUGCCUUUGACAACAUUUGUCACCGGCUCACCAAAUGAGAAGUCUUGGCCCACUUCUGUUCAAUUUAUCGACAAGCUGCGCCCAUUCGUUAAAGCAGUCGCUCUUCGAUAUGUGCUCGUUGGUCUCAAGCAGAAUCACACUCUCCAGCUCUGGGAUAUUGGGCUUGGAAAAGCGGUUCAGGAAGUGAACUUUCCACACGAGAAUGAAUCCGAUGCCAUUUGUAGCGUUGCCUACCAUCCUUCAUCGGGCAUUAUUGUCGUUGGUCAUCCUACGAGGAAUUCCGUUUACUUCCUUCAUCUAUCUGCGCCUAAAUAUAAUCUGCAUCCUAUGUCUCAGGCAGAUUAUAUCAGGCGUGUCGCGGAGAAGGAUGCUUCGCUGCCCAAGCCUGAAUCUACAGCAUGCUUGAGUGGCAUCCGUGAAAUCUCUUUUGCUUCCAAAGGUCAAUUGAGAAGUCUCGAUAUCCUCCCUCUUAGCAAAUCCAUGGGUUCACCGCGUGCUACGGAGGAAGAAACUGGAUUGUUUGAGAUUUAUGCCAUGUACUCACGUGGCGUGACUUGUUUGAACAUCAGAAAGGAAGAUCUGGGAUGGACACAAGAUAAUAAGAUUAUUGAGGCUAUUGAUGCGCUGGAUGAGGGUUACAUUGAAGUCAAAGAUCUACAGACGUUCCCCAGUUAUGUGGUUGAUGAGCCUUCUGUGAAUGGAGAUUCUGUCACUAGUAGUGUACAGAAGCCACCAGCCAAGGACAUCGCCAGGAAGGUGACGGAUCUCUCUGUCGAUACUAUUUCGAAUACAGCGGCUUCUAGGACUACUUCGCCAGUCAAGCCUUUGGGUAAAUUGUCGGCUGACGAACAGUCAGAGGUGACCAGUGGCGCCGACAAAACCAAAAAGAAGCGAAAGGACAAGUCCAAGGAUGUCAGCAAGCCGUCUGGAGCGCAUGAUCUUUCCAAGUACUUUACUCCGGCCACAACUACACAACCGGAACGAGAAGAUACCCCUGCUGUAGCUGCUGAGAGCCAAGGCUUGGUUGCAGAAACGAAGGCUCAGCAAGCACCUCCCGCCAGCUUGAGUGUCUCCAGUGAAUUGAUCAAAGAGCUCAAGAAGGGUGUUUCCGCGGAGGUUACGAAGGAGUUCAGCCGUGAAUUCGACGGACUUCAGAAGCGCCUUGAUGACGAGCGUCGAGCUUGGGAUGCUGCAUCAGCUAGCAAGACUGAUCAAAUCCUUCGACUUGUGUCAAGUACGCUUGCCGACAAUGUCGAGAAGAGCCUUUCUCGCAUUAUCGGCCAAAGCAUUGAAAAACAAGUUUUGCCUGCCGUUGUUGACUCAGCGUCUACUGCCGUCGGUAAACAACUAGAAGGUGUGAUUUCCACGCAUUUCAGUCAAAACUUCCCACGUGAGUUAAGCCAGCGCCUGCCAAAUGCACUGACUCGUGCAGUUAAGCAGCCAGAGGUGUUAAACCCCAUCUCUGAGGCAGUCGCAAACUCUAGUGCUUCUCGGGUUGAAGGAGAAGUAGCGAAGUUGAUUCAAAGCGUCAUCACUCCUGCGGUACAAGCUGCACUCACUCGUCAAUCGGAGACGGCUCUGCGUGAUUUUGAGCAGUUGUUCCAGGCUCAGUCGAGACACUACGAAGCGCAACGCAAGCAUGACUCUGCUAAGAUCGACCAAUUAGUUUCUGCCGUCCACAGCUUGAAAGAGACUAUUGAUGUAAUGGCGACGUCUCAGGCUGCUUUGCAGGGCGAGGUGGCAGCGUUGCAGAAGCAGCUGAGUUCACGACGCGAGAACGUUGCUCGACAGCCUGUUCCUGCUCGACAGCCUCCGGCACCUGCGCAACGUUCCCCGGAGGAGAUUGAACUAGCCGACAUUACUCGGUUGGCUUCAGAAGGAAACCUCGAGGAGGCAUCCGUCAGGUGGUUACAAUCGUCGCAGCAGGCUGAUCUGUUCGACAACUUUUUUGUUCGCCUCGACCCGGCUUAUCUGACUACCGUAUCGCCUAUUGUGUCAUUAUCUGUGGGAGUUGCGAUCACCACAGCUCUCGUGACAAAUGUUCAGGAGCGUUUGGCCUGGCUUGAAUAUGUGCUUCAAACCGUGAAUCUCGGAGAUCCCGAUAUCCGCGAAGUCGCGCCACAGAUCAUGGACAUCUUCAUCCAGCGACUCGAUGGACUCUACAGGGCUAUCGUAGAGGUAAACCCACAUGAUCCCCUUCUCCGCAAGAUUCCACCUUUGGUUCGCCGGGCUCGGGAACUCCGUUAUCUUUAA